GCAACCUCAGGACAAAGUCGGUACUGCAAGUGUAACAGUAGUUUAACCUGGAUACACAGGCAGUUUUCUGAUAACUGACAAAACAAUAAUUAGGACACCUGUAUAUCCUGUCCUGGGAAAUUAAUAGCGUAUAUUCUGGAUAUUUCUUCUGUGAGCAGCUCAUUAUCGUGUUUGGAGCGUCUGCACAGCAAGUUGUUUCUUGUAUAGUGAAAGCGAAAGUACCCGAAGAAACUUUGAUAGUCUAGCAACGACGGGUUGAGGUCACCAAUGAAGAAUCAUGGGUUUGAUCUUGAAGAUAUUUAUUUUCUUGUAUCUAAGUGCAGGUGUGUGGUGUGUCCAUCAGAUACAGUGGCUGCCCUGUCAGUUCACUGACGAACAUGUGUUUAUUAAUAAUGAAGGGCACACUGAGACUCAGCUCAUCCACAGAGAGGCGAUGCUGCAGUUUGGUCAGAAAGGAGACGCUCUUGUUAAUCCAAACGCCAUCACUUUCCUGAUUGCCAGAUCAAAGUUGGAUCUGCUGCGGUAUGUGGAGGGGGUGGAGGCAGAGCAGCUGAAGUGUGACCUGUACAGGUACAGCACAGAAGGCAGUUAUGUCCGCUGGCCUGUCCUCGGGGCUCGGGAGUACAACCACUGGUUCAGCUGCACCCUGAGGCACAGGGGGGGCCUCUUCACCGUCACCAGCUUCCUCAGACACCCCUCUGACGAACCUCCACCAGGACGGCAGGACUACCACAACUGGUCUGCCAUCGCUGACAGAGAGCUCCUCCUCACCACAGUCGCCGUGGUCAUCAAAACACAGACUCCAGCAGUGAAAACCCGCCUCAAGUUCCAACAAAAGCUCCACUGCCAGUUUGAUGUUGACCACAAGGGGGCAAAGGUCACUGUGGAGUGGCACAGGCAGCGCCGUGGCGAGAGGACCAAGCUCUUCAGCUUCAGCCGCCACACAGGGGAGAAGCAAGGGAGCGGUGUAGGGCUGAAUGCCCUUGCAGCCAAAGAUGCCUCCUACACCCUCGCCUCCACCAUGAUGAGCAGUGAAGGGACCUACAUUUGUUCAGUGUCAGUGACUCCACUGUUUGCCAGUGUGGAUAUAAAUCUGCAAAUUGAAGAGCCUCCCCAAGUCAGCCUGAGUGUGGGACCCACUCUGUCACUGCAGGAGGGUGAGUUGCAGAAGGUUGUGUGUGAGGCAAACAGCUACUACCCUCGGGAUGUGGAUAUAGUUUGGUAUGAGCAGGACCCGGCGGUGUCAGGAACUUCAUAUCCCAAGCCACUUAAGAACAUCAUGUAUUCCCACCACAAAGAAGGUCAGGACAAGACCUUCUCGUUGUCGGGUUUCUUUUACCUCCAGCCUUCGCUCAAUGACUCUGGGAAACAGUAUACAUGCAGUGUCUCCCAUCAGUCCCUGAAAAUGCCCAUCAAAAAGCUCUUCACCCUGAGUGUUGAAGAGCCAAGAAGAUGGAUGCUUUACCUCUGUGUUGGCUUCAUUGUGAUCUUACUGCUGUAUGUGAAGCGGAGCUACAUGCACUCAGCUUGGAGAAAGUUAGCAGUUUGGAUGAUGUAAAAAAAACACAGAGGACUGGGAUCGGAGUAAGAAGCUGUGGCCCCAAACUGAACAAGCAAAGCAGGCUGGUAAACUGGCCUUUCUCUGGGGUCCCCAUGGAUCCCAGAUAGCAAAAUGACUCCGCCCCCGAUCCGCCCCGGAUGUGCCACUGACUCCGUAACGGACCCGCAAAACCGGUCCGUAUCGGAAUCCACUUGCACAGCGGGACGGAUCAGUAACGGAUCAGGAUCACGGUUGAGGAACAGAUCAGGACCGGAUACAAAUCGGACCUGUCCACGUUUCAGGUUAUCCAAAACGGAUCCUUUACGGAGCCGUCUGUGGAAAAACUGAUCCGACACGGAUCCGUUUUGAAUCCGUUCCGAUAACAGCUUAUUUUGGCCAGAAUAUUUUCAGGAUCCCUUAUUAAAAAUUGCUGUAGCCAUGCUAGCUACAGUUAAAGCUAAAAUAUCUAUUUGGACAUGAAGACUGAUU